UUCGCGGAUAUCGCUCCGACAACAAACAAAAGAUCGAGGCUAGCUGAGCUCAUUACACUCGGUCCGUCUCUACGCAACAUAACUGCUCUCCUACCUUCCUACGUCGACCAACUCUUCUGUAUUUCAUCCACUCUCAGUCUCCUUCUAGUGUCUAUAUAUAUGUGGCUUUGUAUCAGCUAAUGUCAACCUGAGCCGAGCGCUUUGCCUUUUGCUGAACGGGUUAGCCACCAGGUUAGCUUCUCGGCUAACCAGGAGCUAGUUAGCUGGGCAUGCUAGGUAGCUUAGCCUGCUAUUCAGCUUAACCCGUACAAACCAACAGAGACAGUUAGCUUAGCAUGCUAGUUAUAUUAGCUUGCUAGUUAGCAUCUCCCCUACGAACCAGUUAGCUUAUCCCAUACGAACCAGUGGAGCCAAUUAGCUUAGCUUUUGCUAACAAAACUCCAUUUAAAAACACUCGAUACUGACCGACACAAGUGGAUUUGGCUUGUUUUCCGACAAGCCAUUUAAAGAGUGAAUCUUCGUGAUGUCUGGACAGUCGUCGGGGGGCUGUGGGUUCCUGAUGUCGGUUGUUGUCCACGGAGACUCUGCUCUGAACGACCAGGAGAAGGAGCUCAACCAGCGGCUCCGACGGCUCUACCCGGCCGUAAAUGAGACGGAGACUCCGCUGCCCCGAUCCUGGAGCCCGAAGGACAAGUUCAGCUACAUCGGGCUCUCACAGAACAACCUCCGUGUGCACUAUAAAGGUCACGGAAAAACCCCUAAAGAUGCAGCGUCAGUGCGGGCCACACACCCCAUCCCUGCUGCCUGCGGGGUCUACUACUUCGAGGUCAAGAUCAUCAGCAAAGGACGAGAUGGGUACAUGGGCAUCGGCCUGUCCGCUCAGGGUGUAAACAUGAACAGACUCCCAGGUUGGGACAAGCACUCGUAUGGUUACCACGGAGACGACGGUCACUCCUUCUGCUCGUCCGGCACCGGGCAGCCCUACGGACCCACGUUUACAACGGGCGACGUGAUUGGCUGCUGCGUAAACCUCAUCAACAACACCUGCUUCUACACAAAGAACGGACACAGCCUAGGCAUUGCCUUCACAGACCUACCACCGAACUUGUACCCGACCGUGGGUCUCCAGACUCCAGGGGAGGUGGUGGACGCAAACUUCGGGCAGCACCCCUUUGUGUUCGACAUCGAGGACUACAUGCGCGAAUGGAGGACGAAAAUCCAGGCGCAGAUCGACCGCUUCCCCAUCGGAGAGCGAGAGGGCGAGUGGCAGUCCAUGAUCCAGAAGAUGGUGGCUUCCUACCUGGUUCAUCACAGCUACUGCGCCACGGCUGAAGCUUUCGCUAAAUCCACAGACCAGGCCGUGCACGAGGAGCUGGCCUCCAUCAAAAACAGACAGAAGAUCCAGAAGCUGGUGUUGUCGGGCAGAAUGGGCGAGGCCAUCGAGACCACCACGCAGCUGUACCCCACCCUGCUGGAGAGGAACCCCGACCUGCUCUUCAUGCUCAAAGUGAGACAGUUCAUAGAGAUGGUGAAUGGGACGGACAGUGAGGUGAGAUGUCUGGGGGGUCGCAGCCCAAAGUCUCAGGACAUUUACCCCGCCUCCCCCCGGCCCUUCAGCCCGAGCCACAAAGCCAGCGGCUCCCUGCCAGGGUCCGACAGUACCUGCUGUAAUGGAGUGACGUCCAAUAAGAGCCACAGCACCCCCCCCCACAGUCACAAGCCCUGCCCCCCCGCCUCACCCCCCCCUCCGUCUGACGUCAGUCUCAACGGGAGCCACAGCCAGACGCCCCUCACCAGUAGCGAUGUGGACAUGGAGGUGGACCACGUCUCCAACGGAGUCACAGAGUCGUCCUCCAACGGGUUCCUCAACGGCUCCAAACACGUGACCGAGCCCGACGAGUGUGAGGCAGACAUGGAGGUGGAGUCAGCUCAGUCGAAGAGGCAGCUGUGCGGCGGCAGCCAGGCGGCGAUCGAGAGGAUGAUCCACUUCGGCCGCGAGCUGCAGAGCAUGAGCGAACAUCUGCGCCGCGAGUGUGGGAAGAGCUCCACCAACAAGAAGAUGCUGAAGGAUGCCUUCAGCCUGCUGGCGUACUCGGACCCCUGGAGCAGCCCGGUGGGUUUCCAGCUGGACGCCAUCCAGAGAGAGCCCGUCUGCUCCACCCUCAACAGUGCAAUACUAGAGACUCACAACCUGCCGAAGCAGCCCCCCCUCGCCCAGGCGGUGGGUCAGGCGGCGCAGUGCCUCUCCAUCAUGGCACGCACCGGCACCGGAUCCUGCGCCUUCGCCUCUGUGGACGAUUACCUGCACUAGCCCCAUGCUUAAACACAACACACACACACACACACACACACUCUGAGGAACUGUCCAGAAACGCCUCCUUCCACCUCCUCCAUCAGUGAAGUCGUAUUAACGCUCCGAUUAAAAAAAGUAGGCGAAAGUUCACUCGCUUCUGCUCACCGCUGAGGACCAGGAGACGUUUCUGGGCAGGUGUUUUAGAUUGCUAACACAUCGUACAUUUAAAAAAACAAAAACAUCCCUUUCCAUCGUAAAUAUGAGAAAAAAACCCUCGCAAACAAACCCCUCUUUCCCCUCCUCCUCCAGUCCUGCAAGGCUGCGUCUUUCUGACUGACGGUGUGAAGACGCUAUUAAAAGGGUAGCCGACUUGAAAAAUAACUCUGUAUACAAACCGACCGACAGACUGACAAAAAAAGAAACCCCUGGUCAAACAUAAGUAGAAAAAACAAGUAGAAAACCGACGAGUGGUCCCUGUAAACCAGGUACACACACACACACACACACACACACGCCACAGGCUGAUGCUGAAAACAGGACGGAAAAUACAUCUCCAAUUUAUCUCCGGUCAACUUAAGGCUCCAUUAAGGAUAGCCUAAAUCCCCCCUUUCUCCCCCUUUCACCCCCUUUCUCCCCCUUUCACACCUCCACUCACUUCAGGACAUUAUCGGAGAUUUGUGUGGCGCAUGUGGACUCGGGACUUUGACGAAGCCGGAGAGAAUCUGCAGUCUGAACUCCCUGUUUUUAAUAAUCUGUUUUUGUUUUCAUGAGCAAAUUUGCGGGGAUGGGGGGGAUGGUUACCUGGCUCUUGUUUUAGGUUUUUCCAGGUUUACAAGGCAUCGGCGCAGACUAUUAUUAUUAUUAUUCUUAAUUAUCAUUAUAUUAAUUAUUGUUACUUGCAUUCACAGUAUAUUUGUUGAGCGCCAGCAAGAGCAAGUUCCAGUUACUAUAAUAAAGGUCCCGAUCCCAUCGAUCACCAGUGUGUACAUGUUAACGUUUAUAUAUGAAUUUAACAAAUGGAAUUAUAUCAAUAGAGUGAGAUAUUUAGUUAUCAAAUGAAAGGAAAUCGUUUGAAAAAAAAAAACCCAAUCCUUUAAUGCUUUGUACCGACAUCAGUGACUCCUGAAGCGUCGAGUUCUUAUGUCGCUUGUUUUCUUUUGUCCAGGGUUCCUAUGCAGGGGAACGAUUAUACAUCUGACCAUUUCAAGGUCUUUACGAUGAUUACAUGUUAGAUCAUGGAAAACAAACUUAAACUAAAUAUAUAUAGAUAUCUGGAACUUUAAUUUCACAUAUUUUGUUUCUAGCCGUAAAGUAAUGUCUUUACCACAGCCUAGCUACAUUUGGUAAAACCCUCUAAACUUUUCUGGGUUUUUCUGAGAAGUCGACCCUGUGCAGGAACCCUGACCUCUGACCCCCGUUAAACCCCCCGCUGCACAGCAGGUUUGAUGCAAACGUUGUUAAUCUUUAUUUUCGUAUCGAUGUCUAUGGUAAACCCCUUAUCCCACAAAUAACUCAAGAGCCAAACAUGUCCCUCAUGGUUUUAGAAUCGGCCGACAGACCUCUCGAUUACAGGUGGACUCGUUUUAUUUUGUAUUAAAAAAAACGCUUCAGACUCGAACGCCGGGAAACACAAGCGACGGCGAAACUGAGCUGCGAUGAAGUGCGCCUCUCAAUGAGCUUUGGGUCACUUUUACAGAGGGAAAGAUAACGAGACUGCAGCAACGUUCACGCUACUUUAUUUUACAAAAAAGGAAGUAUUUUUGGGUUUAUUUGUGGAAACCGUUUUAAGCGGAAAGAGUGGACUUUUUUAAUGACAACAAAGAGACGGCAUAGCAACUUCUGUGGUGCGAAGAGAUCAAAACCCUGUAGAGUUAACGCCCCUAAAUGUUUAUAAGAGUUUAUUUUUUCUCCCCGGUUCAACACGUGUUCAAGCUGUGUUUCCCCUGUUGACAUUUUGGGUGACUCGUUGCAUUUGAAAAAAGCGGAAGCUAGCAGGCUAGGCUAAUUAGCCAAACCCAGAGGAACAGAGCCAGGCUUGGAGGCCAAUUUCCGUAGUGGCCAAACCAGACCUACAUCUGAGGAGACAUCUUUUUAAUCAACAUUAACACUCAAGUAGCCCUCAUCUAAACCAUAAGGUCCAGACAAGUUUUAAAAUGCACUUCUAUCCAAGUCCGUUCUCUGUUCAUUCAAACGAGGAGAUGCUUGUGCGCCUGCUCUAUGGGCCCAUAGAUGCGCCAAUGAGCAACACCUCCAACACGGUAUCCAUUUCUCUUUAGUUAAUCGUGGCUAAAGCUAGUUAGCUCAUGAAGUUAGCCGCCCCCACACAUUCGAUCUUUGUCCAGCAUUUUAUGAAGGAGGACAUCUUGUUUUUAUCAUCUAUAAAUCCAAAUCAAACACCAAGGGGAUAUAUGUGCUGAGUUAUUAGCCGACAUUUCUGUUAUUUCUGGUUUGGGUCAAUGUUGGGUAGCAAAAGUAAAAUGUCUUUGUUUUCAGUUUGUCAGAUAAUAAACCUCAACCUUGUUUGAAUGCUAGUUUGAUCUCUCGUAGCAUUUUGCUGAUAAACAAGUUAUAAUUGAUAUAGCUCCAGUUGAAAUGGAGUGGUGCAGCAAUUGAGAUUUGUGUAAGUUAUCCUCUUCCUGUUUCCCUCCACAAACAGCCAAUGGGAUUUCUCUAUUGGAUUUGGAAUAUUGCAGAAAAUAAUAUCUGCAGCAAAUAAACGUUUAUGAUAGCUAACGUUAGGCUAUAAAGGAACUACAGCACGGUCACAUGACUUUACGUAUCACCGCUAAGCUAAAGGUGGCUAAUGUUGGGCGUGAUGACGUUUAGUCCUCUCAUUUAGACACUUGUUACAACCACUGCUUACGUAUUUAUUGUGGUCAAAUAAAAAUCUCUAGCCCAUUGACUUACAGAGGGAACAGGAAGUGCUAACUCAUUCCUGCACCACUCGUUCAGGAAUGAAAGGCCCUAAAGUUGGCUUAUCGUCCCUCAGAGGAAAGCUUUCUCUUCUCUCUAGCUUUUCAGUUUUGUUACAGAGUCCUUGCGUUUCUAAAAGCAUCGACGGGGAAAAUAAAACAAUAAAAAACCUUCAGUAUUGUCAACACCACAUUUACAAAAAUAAAGAACCAAAUACUUCGGGAAGGGUCUCUGGAGGAACCGAGCUUUUCUGUCCCUUGGUUUCUCUUCGUUUGUUUUUCGGAUCGCAAGCAGUCACGGCAUCGUUUAGAAAACUUCUUAGACAAAGUGUCUGUCAUUUUCUGAGUACGGUCUGAACCCUAUGCAUGCCAUAGUAAAGUGGUGGUAAGAUCAAGUUAGAUGUCGCUAUUCUUUUUUGUUUCUCCGCUGGUUAACGGUGUGUAAGGAAGAUGUCAACCAGUAAGUUGUCCACUGCUGACUGUGUGUCCAUUUGGAGAAAAAAAAAGUGCAAUUUGUGUGAGGGUGAAAAGAUUUAUAUUAAAAAAAUGACAAACGAUGA